CACAGCCACUCUUGUUGAGAAAACAGGAAGCGAGAGAAAAGCAGCCGCCUCCCCGCUGGUGAAGCCAGUUUACGGCCAAGUGUCAGAUCCGUGUGUGGAGGAGACGGGCUGCUGCUGGGGUGGGAACCAGACACUGAACUCUCCAGAGAUGAGCGAUGUUGCCGGCCCACCUGCUCCACCUUCAUCACUUUAUUCUCUUGUCAUAAACACUCUAAAGGUCUACAUGGCCUGUAAGCACGUACACCACCUCUCUCAUCCAGCUCUAUUCAGCUCCCGUCCUACACCUGCUGGUCUGAGGGGAGCAGAUUGAAAGAUCAGAUAUACAGGUUUCAUCAAACUACACAGCCCAAUGUGUAAGGGGCUCUCCUCCCUGCCCUCCUCAUGCCUGGAGAGGGCAAAAGACUUGCGGGUGAAGUUGAGCCAUCUGGCUGAGACGCACCACAAGCACAAGAGUCAGGAUGGAAAAGCUCUCCAGGACCUGGAAACUCUGCUAAACAACAAAAGCGCUCUGCAGGCGUUUCAUGGGUUCCUGCGUUCAGAGUUCAGUGAGGAGAACCUCGAGUUUUGGCUGGCCUGUGAGGAGUACAGGGUUUCUCCUUCAAACCUACAGAAGACAAAGUCCAGCAGCAUCUACAGCCAGUUUAUCAACCCUGAUGCUCCACAGGAGGUAAACUUGGACGCUGAGACCCGAGAGGCUCUGAUGGGUGUGACUGACUCUCUGUGUGCCGACACAUUCAACGAGGCACAGCAGAGAAUCUACAAUCUGAUGGCGAAAGACUCCUUCCCGAGGUUCCUGCGCUCCAAUCACCGCAUGGAGGCCAUUAAAGCUUUCUAAACAUACACUGUUUAUCACCACAGACCUGCUUUAGAAAUAAGCGCUAGUGAAUGUGUACUGCUUGAUUGUAUUUUAACAACUUGCUUGUUUUGUGAUUGUUUUUAUAUGGUAGUGCUGUCCUUGUGCACUGAAUGUUAUAAUGCAUGCGGUUAUUGUUAUGACACUUGAGUUGUAGACAUAGAGUCUCACAUAGAAACCUCAAUUAUGAAGCUAACAUAUAGAUGCAUAAGCUACAAGUAACAUCCAUACUGGAUUUAAAUAAACACCUCAUAAAAGACAACUCAUUAUGUGGUUCUCAAUGCACAUAUACACACACAUAUUGUAUAUACGCUCUAUUUUCUCAAGAAGCUUGUCAAACUUGUUCUGGCACGGCCUGCUUGAGCGUGUGUUGACAUGAAAACGUUUCAAACAGUGUUCAGCCUCAUCACUGCUAGUCUGUUGUGGCCUUGAGCAAAUGACGGCCCACUUCCUUAGAUGUUGGUGUUUAUUUAAUGCGACCUGCAGCAUGCUUCAGCUAAAUG